AGCAAAGUGCAGAGAGUUUAUUGUACCCGUUAACUCUCAGUAAAGGCAGCCAUGAAGCUCGGAUCUCAUGUUAGUGCUGUUAGGAGUAGUCGAGUACUGGUUGGUAAUGAAGUAAGUCCUGCUGUUGUUCUGAUAAAAGAUGGAAAAAUACGUCAAAUUCUCUCUUCCUGCGACUUUACAGAGGAUGCUGGCUGUGAGGUGCUGGAUGUGGGUGACAGCGUGGUGAUGCCAGGGAUCGUAGAUUGUCACGUCCACGUUAAUGAGCCGGGACGCACCUCGUGGGAGGGUUUCUGCACGGCCACCAGGGCGGCCGCUGCAGGUGGAGUGACCACCAUCGUGGACAUGCCCCUGAACAGCAUCCCACCGACCACAACGCUGAGAAAUUUCCACGACAAGCUGAAAGAAGCCACUGGGAAGUGUUUUGUGGAUGUAGCUUUCUGGGGAGGUGUGGUUCCUGGAAAUCAGCAUGAACUUCAUCCCAUGAUUAAGGCCGGGGUGGCAGGCUUCAAAUGUUUCCUUAUUCAUAGCGGUGUUGAUGAGUUCCCUCAUGUGUCUGACUUUGAUCUCCACACAGCCAUGAGGCAGCUGCAAGGAACAGGAAGUGUCCUGCUGUUUCAUGCAGAAAUAGAUGUUCACCCAACAGCAGAGGAGAUUGGUGACCCUUGUAAGUACUCAACCUUCUUGCAGUCCAGGCCAGACAUCAUGGAGCUGGAGGCUAUUCGCACUGUGACAGAACUCUGUCUGCAGUACCGGGUGCGAUGCCACAUCGUUCACUUGUCCUCUGCAAAGCCGCUGAAACUGAUCCAGGAAGCUCGACGGGCUGGAGCCCCCCUGACGGUGGAGACCACCCAUCAUUACCUCAGCCUGUGUGCAGAAAAUAUACCUGCAGGGGCCACCCAGUUCAAAUGCUGCCCCCCCAUCCGAGAUUCUAAUAAUCAGGAGAAGUUAUGGUCUGCACUGAAAGAUGGACAGAUUGACAUGGUGGUGUCAGAUCACUCUCCUUGCACGCCGGAUCUCAAAAAACUGGACAGUGGGGACUUCACACAGGCCUGGGGAGGGAUUUCAUCCCUACAGUUUGGCCUACCUCUGUUCUGGAGUUCAGCCAGUAAGAGAGGUUUUCAGCUGGCUGAUGUGGUCCGCCUCCUCAGCAGAAAAACAGCCCAGCUGAGCAGCCUGGACAACAAGAAGGGCAUCCUAGUCCCUGGCUUUGAUGCUGACUUGGUCAUAUGGGAUCCAGAGAGAGAGUUUGAGAUUGAAGAAACAAGCAUAUUCCAUAAAAACAAGCUGACUCCUUACCUCGGCGUCACGCUGCGAGGAGUGGUGCGUGCCACCAUCCUGUCGGGACGGCUGAUAUUCAGAGAUGGCAGCUUCUGCCCCGAACCUCUGGGGAAACAUCUGCUCAUCGGUCCGAGGGCCGAGUCGAGCCCAAGCGUCAAGCAUGAAAACAAACUGUAACAGUAAAACUCAUCCAUCUUAAUGUGACAUUUAAUAAAUGAAUCUGUGAAAGAUGAAUCAGAUUCACACAAC